AUGGGGAGGAUGGAUAGCCAGGCGGGGGAGUUAAGGGAAGUAAGCAAACAGAAACGAAACACCCAGCACGUCGCCUGGCCCAACGUCGGCACUCAAGGAGAAUUAGGUGAGAAGGGUCUCUGGUCCGGCGUCCUCGCCUCGCGGGAACCUCGCCGAAGCACGGACCUGUCAAGCAUCCCCUUACCUGGGGACAACACGCCCGACAGCUCUCAGCCUGCCCCGCCGCGCCAGGACACACACCCUCAACAGCCUUGCACGACGUCUGGCGCACCCACGGCUCCGCCCCGUGACGUGACCGGAGGCGGAACUUCAGAGGCCCGCCCCUCAGCCCCGCUGAUUGGCUGUAGCGCUGUCACCACGUCGCGGGAAGCUGGCUGGCUGUGUGUGUUAUGUGUGGGGUUUGCUUUGUCAUUCGUACCCUCCUCGCGCUCUGACGCGGCGGACCUGGCCGAGCGCUCCAGCUCCUGCAGAAAGAACCCCGGCGCUGCUCCCGGGCCCUCGCCGCCGGGUCUCCGAAGUGACUCCGACGGAGCCCCGCUGGCCCUGGGCUCCGCGUCAGCCUGCGAGUUUGGGGGUCUGAGCCGGAGACCUGGGGACCCCGUGCACCGGGAGGGGAAGGCUGACAAAGUUGGGAGCAGACAGUGGCCCCUUCGGCCCCCUGGCCUCCCGGGAGACAGUACAUUUUUAUACCUGAAAUUCCUGGUAGUGUGGGCACUUGUCCUCCUUGCAGAUUUUGUCCUGGAGUUCAGAUUUGAAUACCUGUGGCCAUUCUGGCUUUUCAUCAGAAGCGUCUAUGAUUCCUUCAGAUACCAGGGACUGGCCUUUUCAGUAUUUUUUGUUUGUGUAGCGUUCACAUCAAAUAUAAUAUGUCUGCUCUUCAUUCCCAUACAAUGGCUUUUUUUUGCUGCUAGUACAUAUGUAUGGGUUCAGUAUGUAUGGCACACAGAAAGGGGAGUGUGUUUGCCUACAGUGUCCCUCUGGAUACUCUUUGUUUAUAUUGAAGCAGCAAUUAGAUUUAAAGAUCUCAAAAAUUUUCAUGUAGACCUUUGUCGUCCCUUUGCUGCUCACUGCAUUGGGUACCCUGUGGUGACUUUGGGCUUUGGCUUCAAAAGUUAUGUGAGCUACAAAAUGCGAUUAAGGAAGCAAAAGGAAGUGCAAAAGGAGAACGAAUUUUAUAUGCAGCUUCUUCAACAGGCUCUACCUCCAGAGCAAAAGAUGCUACAGAAGCAAGAAAAGGAGGCUGAGGAAGCAGCCAAAGGAUUACCUGAUAUGGAUUCCUCAAUUCUUAUACACCACAAUGGAGGCAUCCCAGCCAAUAAAAAACUGUCCACAACUUUACCAGAGAUAGAGUAUCGAGAAAAAGGGAAAGAAAAGGACAAGGAUGCCAAGAAACACAACCUUGGAAUAAAUAACAACAAUAUCCUACAACCUGUAGACUCUAAAAUACAAGAAAUUGAGUAUAUGGAAAACCAUAUCAAUAGUAAAAGAUUAAAUAAUGAUCUUGUGGGAAGUACAGAAAAUCUUUUGAAAGAGGACUCAUGUACUGCUUCCUCAAAAAAUUAUAAAAAUGCCAGUGGAGUUGUGAACUCCUCACCUCGAAGUCACAGCGCCACAAAUGGGAGCAUUCCUUCCUCAUCUAGUAAAAAUGAGAAGAAGCAGAAGUGCACCAGCAAGAGCCCAAGUGCACACAAGGACUUAAUGGAGAACUGUAUUCCUAAUAACCAGCUAGGCAAACCAGAUGCACUGGUAAGGCUGGAACAAGACAUUAAAAAGUUAAAGGCGGACCUGCAAGCCAGCAGGCAAGUGGAACAGGAGCUCCGCAGUCAGAUCAGUUCCCUCUCAAGCACUGAAAGAGGGAUCCGCUCAGAAAUGGGCCAGCUCCGGCAGGAGAAUGAGCUGCUGCAGAACAAGUUACAUAAUGCUGUGCAAAUGAAACAAAAAGACAAGCAGAAUAUCAGCCAGCUGGAGAAAAAGCUAAAAGCUGAACAAGAAGCCCGAAGUUUUGUAGAAAAGCAACUAAUGGAGGAGAAAAAAAGGAAGAAGUUAGAAGAAGCCACUGCUGCCCGAGCUGUUGCAUUUGCUGCUGCAUCUAGGGGAGAGUGCACUGAAACUUUACGGAAUCGAAUCCGAGAACUAGAAGCAGAGGGCAAAAAGCUCACAAUGGACAUGAAGGUGAAAGAAGACCAGAUCAGAGAGUUAGAGCUGAAAGUUCAGGAGCUUCGGAAGUAUAAGGAAAAUGAAAAGGACACUGAGGUGUUAAUGUCAGCCCUCUCCGCCAUGCAAGACAAGACACAGCACCUGGAGAACAGCCUGAGCGCAGAGACGAGAAUCAAGCUGGACCUGUUCUCCGCACUGGGUGAUGCAAAGCGACAGCUUGAGAUUGCCCAAGGACAAAUCCUUCAAAAAGACCAGGAAAUCAAGGACCUAAAACAGAAGAUAGCCGAAGUCAUGGCCGUCAUGCCCAGCAUAACGUACAGUGCUGCCACCAGCCCCCUGAGCCCUGUUUCCCCCCACUACUCUUCCAAAUUUGUGGAGACCAGCCCCUCUGGACUUGAUCCCAAUGCCUCUGUCUACCAGCCCCUGAAGAAAUGAAGGCCAGCUGUGUGUUUGCCCAACCAUUUGGUUUACCAAAAGGCCUCACAAAGCAGCGUCUCUGGCAGUCGAGAUAAAAAGUUUAUAUUGUAUUUUGUGGGACUGUAUAUGUUGUCAUUUUUAAAGGGGGGGAGAUAACAUCCAAGUCUGAUUAGAACAGCCCAUCAGUUGUUCUUGUAAAUUUUUUAGAAGACCUCACAGAACUUUGCAGUUUAUUUUUCUUGGCCAACACAUUAAAACCAUUCUUGGAUUUCAUGUAGCCAAUUUUGCCUUUUAUGUAUUCUUACACAGUUCCCUCUUGAAGGAAAAAAAAAAAACAGUUUUUGCUUUUCAACAUCUUGUUUUCUUCUUAAAUAAGCAAGCAAAAACUGUACAUUGGAUUCAUGUGGGUUGAUAAUGAAAACGUUUUUAGAGUAAAAGGGUUAAAUAAUAGCUUUGAUUUUAUAGCUGCAUUAAAGAAGAUGAUUAUUGAUAUUACAGAAAGCAAAAAUUUAUUGCCCCUCCAAGGACCACACCAAUUCAAGGAGCACCCUUUAAACUGAGGAGAGACUUAAGUGACGAGACUAGCUGUAAGAAUGUAACAGGGAUUGUGUGAAAUAUUUAUAUCCCGUCCUUGUGUUCAGUCCUAGAAAAUUACUAGCAGCAGUCUUCUUCACAGUGCCUUGGGAAAAGACAUUUCAAGAGGAAACUUAUAUUUUAAACUGUUUUCCCCCGUUCAGUCAUUGAUCUUCUCUCUGCAUCGAGCUCAGUGUGGAUCCUGCUGUAAAACUGGUGGGAAGAUGAGCUGUUCUUACCACCACACCACUCUUCUAUUUCUUUUGAUAGAAAACACCAGAUGUCCUGUGCUUGCCCCCAAGCAGGCGCCUUGGGGAGGGAGCUGGGUGGUGUUCAUGUCCGAGAGACGCUAACAGUGGCUAAUAAAAGUUGCGGUCCAGGUCUCCCCCCUCAUUUCAUUUAACUGUGCUUUCUCCACCUUUCAUCAUCAUCUGUCUGACAACUUAAAAAAGGAGGUUUGACUCUUCCUCAGCUCUUGUGCCAAGCAGGUUUUUUUUUUUAAGACUUUAAAACUCAAAACUGCACAAAGAUACUGGUUUCAACUGUGUAUUAUACAUUGGUAGAAAAGUGUUUGCACAGGGAACUUUUGGAGGUAUUUAAGAAUCAGGGUAGGGUGGGGGGAGGGACUGGGAGAGAGGGAAAAAGCAAAAUUGUAUUUGGAAAUUAGGAAAAGUUAAACUCAAUAGAUUCGUUUUGCUUCCUUGCCAUGGGUUCUGGAAGGACAUAGUCCUAAAAUUUCCUGUUAAUUGGCAUGUAUGUCUUCAUUUAAAAGAAAUUAAGUAGGACGAGCAAGUCAGUAAAACAGCAGUAUUAAAAAGAAUCAUCCUUUUAAUUACAGAUCUUAUUUUGGAGUUUUACAAAAAACUAGCUUUAGCCAGGUGUGCAUGUUGCUGCCAUUUGCAUUUUUGAAUCAUCCUGUGUAAUUGUCACCAUGAAAGUGUUACUCAGAAUUGUCAGAUUUUUUUCAUCUUUGUGCAAAAACAUGGAAAAUUGUCACUGACUUUGUGUUGAGGUUUCCCCCAUUUCGCUGCCUUUGGGACACUAUUUUUGUUAAAUAAUUGGUCUUGGCUGCAUUCUUUUU